CCGGUGACAGCUAUGCACACGCCACGAGGAUUAAUCCACAUGAACGUGGCCCCACAAGGGUGGACCAACGCGGUAGCAAUGGUCCAACGGGCCAUGAUUCAGACUAUGCAGUCAGUUAGCCCUCAUAUCACACAGCCAUACAUCGACGAUUUGGCGGUGAAGGGGCCGACAAUAAAGGAGAGCGACGAGGUCUUGCCAGGGGUAAGGCGCUUUGUUUGGAAGCACAUCCAGGAACUCGAUAAAGUCCUGAGUCUACUUGAGGAGCACAACCUCACGGCGAGCGGGGCCAAAUCCAGACACUGCAUGAGGGAAGCGACUAUCUUGGGGUUCGUCUGCAGCGAGAAGGGCCGAAGACCGGAUGUGAAGAAGACGGACAAGAUUACUGAGUGGACAGUUCCUUUCUACUCAAUAACUGAUGUGAGGAGCUUCCUCGGUACGUGUGGAUUUUGGAGGGCCUUCGUCGAGAACUUCGCCGCUAAGACUGAGCAGCUGAGGAAGUUAGUUCGUCAGGAUCAGGAGUGGGUUUGGGGUGAAGAGCAAGAAAAGGUGGUGGUCAGAAUGAAGGAGGAGUUUCGAGAGGGAGGGUUUGACUUUACGAAGACAGUCAUGCCAAGAGGAGGGAGGGGGACACGGCUGCCUCGGAGGCCGUUGGGAGCAUCAGGAGGAUAUGAGCGACAUGGGUCUCACCAUCGAGAGAGUACUCCGGUGUACGAUGAUGGGGACAUCGAGCUAUUCCUGGACAGCUUUUGGGAUCAUGCGAGGCGUAUGGGCUGGACCGUGGCCCUGGUGAUUGAGAGACUGAGGGGAGCAGGCAGGUUCGAGGAGCCCAUCGCGUGGAUCCGUAGGGAGGCGACGACGAGAUCAGAGGUGGAGUGGAGGAUGCAGGAGCUGCGACCCUCACCUAUGGGACCUGAUGGCAGGCCAAUCCGCCUGGAGAUUGGAAAUGCGUCGGACUUCAUCCCUGCAUUUAAGUGAGUUGAGAGGCGUCAGAGGAGUCAGAGGCAGAGGGACCCUGAGCCCAGGGAGGUGAGACCGUCUCGAGGAGGACGAAAGGGCCUAGCUAGGAGAGAGGAGGAACCAGAGCCGGAUGCUAAGGAGCAAGGCGCGUACCCAGAGUGUGGGUUGGGACCAGUGGAGUUCCAUCGGUUUACCGAGGGUGGAUUGAGGAGGUCGCCAGCAAGCACACAGCUGGAGCCGCCAGCGUCUAAGGAACCUUUGAGGGAGUUGGAGGCGCAUUUGGAUAUCUCUCAGUGGAGAGCAUCGCCUCGGGGUGAGGAGCGUGGAGAGCAGGCAGAGGAGGUGCCACGAGAGGAGGUGCCACGAGAGGAGGUGCCACGAGAGGAGGUGCCGCAGGAGGAGGUCCAGGACACUCAGCGAGAGAGAGGGUUGGGCGAUGAGGAGAGACGUGCAAGGAAGGAAGUGAUAAAGGUUGAAGAGGACACGCCCCCUCAGACACCAGCGGUGGGUUUGAGACUCGGGGAUGCACCGGGGAGCACUCGCCAGGCAGGGGAGGGGUUGCAGAGAGAGGAGGCCCCAUUACCGUCAUCAGAAAAAGCUCCUUCGCCAGAAGGGAGAGCAGAAAGGAGGAGAGAGAGGGCAACUGUAAGGAGAGAAGCCUUGACCUUGAUUGAUAGACACCUAGCAGCUCAUGCCCUGGAGCACCCAGACCUGGAAGAGCCAACACCUGCAGAGCCACGCCAGGAGCCGUGUCAGCCCGAGAAGGAGAUGGAGGCAGAGAUCCCGAGGAGGGCUGACCUCCGCACGAGGGAAAGGGUGCCAGCCGGAGAGAAAGCAGAGGAAAAGAGGGCGAGAAGAACCAGGAGGAUAGACAAGAUAUGGCAAGAGAGGCAGAGGUUGGAGGCAGUGGGGGAGCUUCCGGAGCAGGCAUUGGUGGCCAGUCAGGCAGCUAUCAUCGAGAGUCUAAGGCAACGAUCUCAGGGAGAGGUGGACGAGCCACAGAGUAGCCGACAGGAAGAGCAGAGGCGACCAGGACAUGGUUUGCCAAGACAACCAUCGACAACAGAGACUCGCCAGGAGCCACCUAUGGGGAGAGUCAUCCUGGAGCCGGAAGAGGCGAGAGCUCAGAGGGAGGCAGAGAGAGAGGCUUUCGAGUUAAGAGCCCCUACUGAGCUCGCGACGCUACCUAUAGCAGCGGCGGGCCCAGUCAUAUCUUUGGCAGAUGAGGAGGGAUUACCACUAUCCAGCAGUGAGCCAGCUCAGGGUUCAGCAGAGGGGUCUAUGGACGUGCUCAUUGAGGCGGUGCACUCGAUGCAGGAGGAGGCGAGUUUGUUUUCGCCCGAGCGAAGGAUAGAGGAGCCUCUUGAGAAGGAGAUGAGGAUUGAGGCUGAGGGUGUCAUCAAGGGCGGGCUCCAGAGGAUGGGCACGCCCAAGUAUGGGCUAGAGGGGGUUGAGGACCGACUUGGAUCGAGUACCCAGGAGGUGGAGACACGAGAGGAGCCUUUGGAUAUGCCUCAGAGCCAUGAGUUGAGCAAGGAGGCCAGCGAAGGACCAUCAUCGCCAGGAUCUCAGAGGGGAAAGAAGAGGCCCAAAAAGUGGUUGGAUACAUCCUGUUUCUUCUGUACCAAGGAGGGGCAUCCAGCCUUACAAUGUCCUAAAUUCCUAAAGGACAAGGCUGAGGGGAAGGUUACAGAGGAAGGAGGCAGGAUGUAUGAUAGACAGGGCAGGAGAGUAGAGAGAUCUGCAGAUGGGGGUAGAGCUCAGCUAUAUAGGCAAAACCAGGAGGAGAUGAGCGACCAGGACUGAGUUUUCUUAUAUGGUUGACAUGUUGCGUAUAGGAUUAGAGUUAG